CCUGAACAAUAUCUUCUUCAUUCUCUUAUAUUAUGGCGGGCUUAUAUUACAAAUUAUUAUAAAGAGAUAUAAAAUAUUGUCUGAUGAGUUUUAUUUUCAAAUAAAACGAAACGCGUCGCAAUAAACAACAAUUUUAGUUUAUAUGGCACCACGAACAAUAUUCUAAACAAGCAUAUAUAUAUACUUAUAUAUAAAAUACAAAAAGUAGUUCAAGCGUUUUUUAUACAAAAAACAUUCAGUUGUAUAAAUUAAAGUUUUAAGUUGGAUUUAAGGAGUCUUAAGCCAAGGCACUUGUUCUCGUAUCACUCUCUAUCUCUGCUAAUAGCAGUCAGAAACGCGUCUAGUAACAGUUUCUGUUUGUUAUUCACCAAGUAUAAAAAGAUAAAGGUCCAACAAAAAACUAUACGUCUAAUUUCUUGAUCUGAAAAGCGUUAUUUUAGAAAUAUGAAGGGCUCGCUAAAAAAACGGGAAACAUCUUUCGAAAAACGAAACAAACUUACACGUUUCUUCUAAAAUAUCUCAGAAAUUUUCUUUUCGUGAUCUCACGUAGAAAGUGUAAAAAACACGUAUUUUUAUCAGACGAAGCGUAGGUCCAAAGUCCAAAAAUCUAAAAGAUAUUGACAGUCAAUGGACUAUUUAAGUCUACCAAAACGUCCAGUGAUCCAUGAAACCUGAAAGUUCACUUCUUUUUUUUCUUAUUGAAAUGCAUAUUUAGUCCUAUAAGAUAUUUUUUAUAUCAAACAACCAAAAACAUUUAGGAUAAUAUUUAAACGUGUUUGUCGACACGCCAAUUGAAAAUUUAAAAUAAUUUUUCACUCUUAUCUUUCUUUUAUUUGGUUGGAUAAUUUUCUAAUAUGUGAUCUGUCUAUUUUCACAAUAUCGAACAUACAUUAAUCUUUUCUCUUGUAUAUAUAUAUACAGUCAAAAACAGUUAAUUUUUUCUUCUCUUUCAACCAAUCCCUUCUUCUAUAUGAUUAAAUAAAGCUUAGCAAUCAAUCAGGAUAAGGUUAUAUUUUAUUCACUAUUAUUGAGAAAGAAGAAAGAAUAGAAAAACACUCUGUUGCCUAUAGGGUCCCGCUUUUUUUCCACUAAAAAAUAUGGAAGACAUAUACAUUGACAUGAAAAAAAACUAUGUAUGAGUACUACUCUUACCGUAUUCUGUUAUACAGAAGAGAAAAAAAAAAGAAAUAUAAGAAAAUUAGAUAGAAAUACACACGCACACAUAUUUGUACACAUCGGACGAAGAAAAAAAAGGCAAAAAAUGAGAGAAAAGAAAGAAAAUCGUGAGGUCGGAUUGUUUUUUUUCAUUUUGUAUUUGCCGAUCUUAUCGAGAGUUGAGUUGCGCGCGCGUGUGUGUGUGUGUGUGUGUGUGUGUACGCGUACGUGUACGUGUACGUAUGAACAUUCGACAGAAGUAAGUAAAUGUUACAAAUAACGAACGAACACGAUUUUUUACCAACGUUUUUUGUGAGAAAAAACCCAAACUCUUAUUCUUUGUCCUAGAAAAAAAAUUCAAUAUUUUUUAUAUGAUGUAAUAUUAAUUCAGCUUUUUUGUGUACGUUAAAGGUAAUCAUCAUUGCUACAUCGAAUAAGAAAACGAGAAGAAAUGAAGGUAUAUUUUUUCCACCUUGACAGAACAUUACGUGUAUUUGUCAAGAAAAUUGGUUUUUUUUUUUCCUCAAAAUUAAGUGAUAACCUUGACAAGUGGAUUAAACAUAGGAAUAGGAUGAAUAUCUUAGAGUAAUUAUAAGAAUGACGAUGAAUGUACUCUAAAGUACAUUUUCUGAUAUGACAAAAGGCGUUAAGUUGAUCUUUGUGAUUCAUCUUUGGAAAAAAUUUCUCUAUUCGUACAACUCUCUCUUCAAAAAUCUUUUAUGGACGACAUAAUCAUCUUGAGCUAUAUACAAGAAUAAAUAUUAAAUGGUUAUAAUUGAGAAAUAUGAACUAGGAUAUGUACAAAGUUAAAAUAAAAAAAAGAGUAACAACUGUAGCUGGUGAUCUUCAAUUCACUAAUACGUCAACUAGUGUAAAAGUAAGUUAAACCUUUUGAUUAUGAUCAUCUAAUAAUUAACCUAAUUUUGUAGGAUAAAAAUAAAUUCUUUUUCGAUACAUUCAUUAGUGAAAAAAAAAGAAGAAGAGAUAAAUAGUAAGAAAAUCGUUAGAAUCAUCUUCAAAUUGUUUUUUUUACAGCUAAGAUGAACACAUUCAUCUGUAAGCACUAAUGUGACACACACUGUGAAAGAAUUUUUCUUUUUACAGAACAAGAAUAUUCUUUUUUCUUCUUUAUCCUGAACAAAGUAGACGACGUCUACCAUCAUCCUCAUUAUUCUUGCGUCUGCAAUAGUAAAUUCAACCAUAUGUGAAUAUAGUUGAGUAGUGUCAUUUCUUUGGGUUGUGUUCUGUUUUCUUUUUUUUCCUAUGCAGUAAAGAAUUCAUUCAUUUUUCUUUCUUUUCUUCUUCUUUCGUUAAAGAUUACUACAAUGAUUUAAAAUAUGUUCAUCAUAUUUUAGACCUGUAUAUAAUAGCAAAGAAGAUCCUAUAAGUUUGAAAAUGUAACUAUUGUCUUGUGUUGAACAUCUUAUACCUUAUCAUGUUCAUUGAAUCUAAUUAGUUUUACUUGAAACAGUUACUGACUACAUACUUUUGGUUAUAUGCAGAUGUCUAUAUAUAAUGGAGAUGUUUACUUUUCAUCGUUGCUGAUAAAUGUAGAGAAAUAACAUUUUAACUCGAUGUCUAUCGAUCAAAUAUUUUUCAUUUAGUUCAGUGUUCGAAGUGUAUUUAUUUUUAUGAUUUACACUUGUUGUGUUGAUACUAUUUGUGAAAGAGAGAAGAGAGGCAGACAAUACAUAUGAUACCGUCAUAAUGAUGAACAAUAUUUCAAGAACAAUGUAUUUAGAAGUGGACAGCUAGCACAAAGGCUGGAAAGUUUAACUAAAUUUCAUUUCUAUUUUGAACGUAAAAAAACGUUUCUCGCAUCAUUUUAUGGUAACAUCUUGCCCAAAGUAAUUUUGUUGCGUGCAAAAAUAUAGUAUAUGACAGAGAAAAUGUAUAAAACUACGUGAAAAAAUGAUUUAGAUCCCCUUUCAUCUGGGAAAAUUCCUGUACGAAGUAACGUCAUUGUGACAGACAGUUCCGCAUUAAAACCAACCCUCAAACGAUUAGUCAUUACUAUUUCAAAAGACGAUUACUCAUUUUUUAAUCGACAGAACACGAUAAAGUCCAUGAAUAAAAGUUUCGAAUACUGUUCUGAGAACCAAAAACACCUGCAUAUACAACAAUAUGAAUUAGUUAUCUGAAAAUUCUGAUGUGAUCCUCUAGCAAAACAAUUCUAUUCUUGUUUUCAAAUGAAUGAAUCAUUUUUUAGUCUAUCACAAAGUGUGUUUACACAAAGCAUAUGUGUUCAAUCAAUGGUAAUAAACAACAUAAAUCAUUAUUUCGAUUGAUCUGUCAUACAUUUUCUACCUUCAUCAUCAUCAUCUCAUACAGUUCAACGUUUGCAGAGCAGCAACACGGAACUUUAUCUCUUUACCCACGCUGAAAGGAAAAGAAACAUUUUAUAGUUCAGUCACAUCCUAUAGCACAUUUCCCGUUUAUACUAUUGUAUUCACGCCACUACUACUAUCUAUCACUACUAGUCAAAGUUAUCGAUCUUUAUGCAUGAAUACAUGUCAAAUUUACAACACAAUAGUAUCACUAAAUUUAUCUUUUAGAUUGAAUAUAAAAUGAAAACUGAAUUAAAUGAAUUAUUUCAAUGUAAACUUUGUCAUGGAUAUAUUACACAAGCCACCGUUAUUAAUGAAUGUCUACAUCGAUUUUGUAAAUCGUGUAUAGUGGAUUAUUUUCAAAAUAAAUCGGUUUGUCCUAUAUGCGGCUUAAACAUACGAAAUCCGUGGAAUUCAUUGAAAUUGGAUGCUGCAUUCCAACGUUUAAUUUACACAAUAUUUCCAUCAAUAUUAGAACGUGAAAUUAAUAAUCAUUCGACAUUCAUUAAAAAAUCAUUAAAAGUUUCUAAUAUUGAUCAUUUAACAAUUUAUGAUGAAACAAUCAUAGAUGUUUAUCUUGAAUAUUGGGACUUAUCUUCCGAACUUUUAUCUAUUGAUUGUGAUACAUCUUCAAUCUUAACUUUGAUACCAUGUUACUUAGAGUGUAUAGCCAGCUUACCAGUUCGACUUGUUGAAAAAUUUAUACGCAUUAAACAUAAUAUUGAACCAACAUUGAAAAUUGAUUUAUUUUACAAAACACAUUUACUAGAUUUAAAUGAACGUCUUAUUGAUGUAUGCUAUUGUUUCAAUCAAACAACUAAGAAACGUUCUCUCGAUAUCAGAUUUGUUAUUAGUCAAAAAGGAUAUUUAACCAUCAUUGAAUAUUUACGACGCAAAAAUUUAUUAACCAUAAGAAAAAAGAAAAAAGAUAAUGAUACUGUACGUUCAUUACGUCCACGACUAUUAUCAACUAUCGAAUCAAAUCGUACACCUAAAUUGUCUCGACGACAAUCAAUUGCAGCUGUUGUCCCAAUAAUACGACGUUCUGUUAAUAGACAACUAAUAAACGAUGAACAACCGUGUAUUGCUGUCGAACGUUUUAUUGAAGAUCCAAUAGUAGAAGAUAAUGAUUUAGCACCGUUACACAUUGAUACAACACAAUUUGAAUCAUCAAUUAUUCAUGUAGAAAAUGUUGAUACUGAAGCAAAUCUCAACACUGAACAACAACCAGUAAAAACUAAUGAUAUUAUUAGUGAAAAACAAAUAUUAUCGAGUGGAGCCAGUACAACAUCUUCGACGACAGAUCCAGCGAAUGAUCCAUCGUUAAAAGUAAAGAUUCGUCGAGUUAAAACAUCCUGGUAUAUUCCACAGCAAAUAGAUGGACAACAUACUAACACUAAUCCAACGGAGGAACAGCCAUUACCCGAUUUAAUUAAUUCGUGUAGUAAAAAAAUAACAAAACGAAAAAAACCGAUAACGGAUAAAAGUUCAAUUUUUUCAACGAAAAAAUUAUGUACGACAAAAGAUUUUUUUAGUUCUAAUCGUACAUUAACACCAUCGAUUAUAGCAAGUACAACGAAACCAGUUAUGGCACGAAAAAAACGUAAAGCUCGUUUUGUGCCAACUAUGGUUAAACCACCAAUGUCCAUAUUCGAUCGUGACCAUCUUCUCACGGGAGCAUAUGAUUACUGUGAUGAUUUUGAUUUUCGUCCAUGUUCAUCUAAAACCACCGUAUCAAUAGCAGCGCCACGCUCACCUGAAAUCGUGAUCAUUAAUGUUGAAGGUGGAGUAGAAACAAAUGAAAGUAAUGGUAUCAUGGGAGAUUCGACAGUUUCUACUUUACAAAAAAAGAACAUUUGUAAAGUUCCACCAUAUGUACCCGAAACGAGUUCUUUAUCACCGGUGAAAUUAGCAACAUCAUUACCUGUCGUUGUUGUUCCAGCAUCAGACGAUAAAAUAGAAACGAUUUUAACAACUGCUACAUUAUCACCAAAGAAAAACGAUAUUCCGCCAUCCAUUGUUGAUGUAUCAUCAUUGACCACCACUACCGACGAAACACUAUCAUCUACAAAAAAAAUUCGUAUGCUAAAUUCAGUUCCCAAACUGAAAACAACAACACAUAAGCCAUUUUAUUUUACAAAACCAACAUCGCCGACAUCAUCUUCAUCAAUUAUUUCAAUUUCACCAAACAUGACGACAAAACGUACACUUUUACCCAAAACUACUUCGGCAACCAAAACUAUAAAAAUCGUUUCCUCAUCAACGUCCUCGAGUUUAAAGAAUUCUGUUCGAAAUAUAACAUUGAAUAGUUCUGAUAAAACGAAACAACUAACAGAACUUCAAUGCAGUAGCCACUUAAUGUCAUCGUCGACUUUAUCUGCUCCUAUUACUUGCAGUUUUGAUACGAUACCGUUAGAUCUAAGCAUGAAACGAAGUUAG